GGGCGUGGUCGCUGACCUUAUAUGGAACACCCAUUCCAUCACAUGUAAAGAGAGUUAGUUACAUUGGCACAGGUAAACAUGCAGAAGAGAGGAUCGAUAGACAGAGGCAACAGGAUCAUAGUAUUGGUUGCCUUGCUUGUCAUCAUCGCCCUCUGUGUCUUGUAUUUCAUGAAAAGAUCAGAGCUACACAGGGUCAUCAGACAUUCAAAUACUGAGAAAAACAAAUUAAAGGAAAUUGAGGCCAAUUUGAAUCAACGGAUUUUAGAACAGGACCAGAAAAUUAAAGCAAUGCAGCAACAGGUGGACAAUUACAAGACACAGAUGAACAAGUGCGAGGACCAAUUACUAGUCAGCGACAAAGAAAUGGAUGCUAAGGAUAAGCUGAUUCAGCAGUGCACCAAAACACAGGAAGAGAGCACGAAAGAAUUGACUAAAUGCCAGGAAGAGGCACAAGCAUUGAGAGAGUCAAGCACCAAGACUAGUAGUGAAAUGGAGCAAGCAAAAGAACAACUAAAAACUGCCGAGAGUAAAUUGGGCAAGUGUUAUGAGUCUUUGUCAUCUAACGCAGAGGAAAUAAAACUGAUGAAGGAUAAACUGACUAAAUGUCAAGUAAAGUCUCCUGGUGAUGCCCUUGAUUCUAUUCAAUGAUACUGCACUUGUUGAAGAGAAGACAAUUGGAACUUAUUAUAUAUAUUAAUUUAAUUUUUUAUUUUAUUUUUUGUGUGUUAGUCACAACGAUUGCAUGAUUCAAUCUCUUUUAAACUACCAAUUAUAAUUAUAAUUAUUAUUUAUUAUUACUAUUAUCAUUAUUAUUAUUAUUAUUAUUUAAAUCUAA